GAAGUAGAAUUAAAAUUUAAUAUGUUUUCUAUAUAUAGACCCAAAAUUAGAAAAGAUGAAAGCGCAGAGAUUUGGUUUCUUUUAUCAUUGAUCUUCUGUUUUCCAAUUGUCUUAAUUCAGUAGCUGUCAUGCAUGCACUAGAUAAAAGUUAUCACUAAUUUUCAGUGGGUUCCACAGGUGCAUGAAGUCUUACGAUUUUACUGCUGCUACUUGUUUGUGACUUCUAUAUAUAUUGUUUCAUAGAUAUCAAGCAUUGGAAGAUUAUAACAGCAAAGGUUUCAGAUUCGUGCUGGAUAAGAUUAUUUAUCAAAGGAAUUGAGAAAAUAAAAUUAGGAUCUUUCAUUGAAAAAUGAUGGAGAAGGCUGAUGGAGAAAAUCCUACAAGGAUUAAUAAAUAUGCCUGUGCUUGUGCCAUUGUUGCCUCCAUGAUAUCCAUCAUCUUUGGCUAUGAUACUGGUGUGAUGAGUGGAGCAAUGAUCUUUGUCAAAGAAGAAUUCAAAAUCAAUGAUGCAAAAACAGAAGUACUAGCUGGGAUCCUAAAUUUAUGUGCUUUAGUUGGUUCACUUUGUGCUGGAAGAACCUCUGAUUAUAUUGGCCGACGUUACACCAUAGUUAUAGCUUCCUUAAUUUUCUUGUGUGGAUCCGUUAUAAUGGGAUACGGUCCAAGUUACGCGAUUUUAUUGGUAGGAAGAUGUGUUGCUGGACUUGGUGUUGGUUUUGCACUCAUGAUCGCACCUGUUUAUUCUGCAGAAGUUUCAUCUCCAUCGUCGCGUGGAUUCCUAACAUCUCUUCCAGAAGUUGGAAUUAGCAUUGGUAUUUUACUAGGUUAUUUGUCCAACUAUAUUUUUUCUGGAUUGUCACUUAGACUUGGUUGGAGAAUGAUGUUAGGAAUUGCAGCAAUUCCUUCACUUUUCUUGGCAAUUGGCAUUCUCAAAAUGCCAGAGUCUCCUAGAUGGCUUAUCAUGAAAGGCCGUUUAGGAGACGCUAAGAAAAUAUUGUACAAAGUUUCAAAUGAUCCUCAAGAAGCUGAAUUUCGAUUGAGGGAAAUUAAACAAGCUGUAGGUAUCGACGAAAAUUGUAACGAUGACAUUGUCAAGAUUCCGGAUUCAAUAAAGUCACAAGGUGAAGGUGUUUGGAAAGAAUUGUUGCUAAGACCAACACCAUCACUUAGAUGGAUUUUAAUUGCUGGUGUAGGAAUUCAUUUCUUUGAACAUGCAACUGGGAUUGAAGCUGUAAUAUUGUACAGCCAUAAAAUCUUUGACAAAGCAGGAGUUCAUGACCAUAGUCACCAAAUACUAGCCACAGUUGGAGUUGGUUUUACUAAGUUCAUAUUUAUAGUUCUCUCCACUUUCUUGAUUGACAGAGUUGGGAGAAGAAAACUAUUGUUAACAAGUUUAAGUGGGAUGGUAGUGACAUUAACUGCACUUGGUAUUUUCUUGACUUUGGCAGAGAAUUCUGGUGGGAAACUUAUUUGGGCUUUGGUCCUUAGCAUAAUUACAACUUAUGCAGUUGUGAUGUUUUUUAACAUUGGGCUUGGGCCUGUUACUUGGGUAUAUAGUGCUGAAAUAUUUCCACUUAAGUACAGGGCAUUGGGAGCUGGUAUUGGUGUUGCUGUUAAUAGGUUGAUGAAUGCUACUGUUUCAAUGAGUUUUCUGUCUAUUUCUGCAGCAAUUACUACAGGAGGUGCUUUCUUUUUGUUUGCUGGGAUAUCUGUCGUGGCUUUUAUUUUCUUUUACUUUUUCUUGCCUGAGACUAAAGGAAAGUCUUUAGAAGAAAUGGAAGCUGUUUUUACUAGAGGGAGACGUACUGAGAAUGUUAACAGAGAGGUGGAGAUUGUAAAACAUUGAAAUUUAUGGCUUCAAUUAUGCUUUUAACUUAUAUCAUGACUCAUUUGUUGAAAUGAAAAAAAAAAGUACUCCUCCGGUCCAAAA